UGUGUCCGUGUUUUACUUACAUUAUCGAACUGUUGUGUAACAACAACAUUACCAACUUCCUUCAUAUGACAUAAUUAUUUAGCUCCGUUUAUAUCAACUAGUGGACGAUAACCUAGUUGGGUAUGGAACGGACUGCCGAAAUGAAUCUCUUCAAGUUCAAUACCCAACGCACACACCUCUGACUUUUCGAAGUUAUGUGUAUUUUUUAAGAUAAGGCUGAAGAUAAAGGUUGAUAUACAAAUCAGACAAUUGUAGGCUUUUUCAUUCAAAAGUCCUACCAAGUUACUUGGAAUAAGAAUUGGUACUCAAUAUAACGAUAGUCACAUGAUAAAUGCGGCUUUAUAUAUUUUUUCAUAUUAAAUCCAUUACCAAUAAAAAAAGCUUUAUUAAAAACAUUACAUACUAUCAGUUUUUAUUUAGAUCGUAUGAUAUUUUUCGUUUUGUUCGCGCCGAGACUUCAAGGUUACAUCACACGCGUAAUUGUAGUACAAAUAUAGCUUAUCUCGUGACAUCAAUAAAUGUUGGUUCAUAAUGUACAUCAAAUGCUCUAUUAGUAUUCAUUCGGAGUUGGAACUCGACGGCCGAGUUAUGAGUUUUUCUGAUAAAGUUGUUUUAGUGACGGGCGGGAGUUCGGGUAUAGGAGCGGCGACAGCGAUCGCAUUCGCAAAAGAAGGUGCCAAAGUAGCCAUUGUUGGUAGAAACGAAGAAAAACUAGCAGCCACAGCGGCUGCUUGCGGUGACAACGCACUUGUACUCCGCGCUGACAUAUCCGAUGAAAAGCAAGCUGUCGAUUUAGUGAAGCGUACUAUUGACACGUUCGGCAAACUCGAUAUCCUCGUCAACAAUGCUGGGAUAUCUCGACAAGCCUGUCUUCUUCAAGGUAAUAUCUUGCAAGUCUACGAUGAGGUGAUGAAUACCAAUCUUAGAGCAGUGUUCCAUCUUACGAGCCUCGCAGCACCACACCUAAUUAAGACCAAAGGGAGUGUGGUGAAUAUUUCUAGUGUUGGAGGAACGGCUGCACCAACAGUACCCAUGUUCAUGACUUACAGUGUGUCCAAAGCUGGUCUAAACCAUUUUACAAAGGCCGCUGCUGCAGAACUGGCGCCUCACGGAGUAAGGGUCAACGCAAUAAGCCCUGGACCUGUCAAAACUGAUAUUAUAGAAAACUCAGGCUUCCCCGUAACCUGGGACAGGUUUAGAGAGAUGACAGCAUUGAACAGGGUGGCUGAACCUGAGGAGAUAGCGGAUUUGGUGAUGUUCUUGGCGAGUGACAAAGCUAGAAGCAUUACUGGGUCCAACUAUUUUUCGGACAAUGGAAUACUUAUAAAGAAAUAAAUAAAGAUAAUAUAAUCUAUAUUUUAUUGUUCGUGUGCUGUGAAGUCAAUAAAUGAUUAGGCUAUGUUUGUUCAACCGAUAAGGGUGUUCACAACGUAGACCGUUAUAGUUUAAAGUGCACACAACAUCGAUAUCAAUAAAGAUUAAAUCAGUUUGCCAGAAUUCAACAAUUAUUAUUGAGUAAUUCGGCGUUAAUUUUCCAUCGCGACAUUACGACUUUGCGUUACACUUAGUAUUUCUUAUCAUUUAUCAUUAUUUAUGAUUAGCUAUAAUAAACAGUCCUAUAAAAUGAA